AUGGGCACAACACCAGAUCACAAGUUGGGUGGAGAACACAUACUCGGGACUCAAACCAUCUCCUUCUCUGGCUGCCUCAUGCACAUGUAUUUUAUCAGUGAGCUUGCUGACAUGGACAAUUUCCUCCUGGCUGUGAUGGCCUAUGACCACUUUGUCGCUGUGUGCCACCCCUUAUAUUACACAGCAAAGAUGACCCAUCAGCUUUGUGCCCUGCUGGUCACUGGAUCACGGGUGGUUAACAGCUUGAAUGCUCUGCUGCACACCCUGCUGAUGGCUCGACUCUCAUUCUGUGCAGACAACACCAUCCCUCACGUCUUCCGUGACGUGACUCCCCUCCUGAAACUCUCCUGUUCAGACACACACCUCAAUGAGGUGAUGAUUCUUACUGAGGCUGCCCUAGUCACGAUCACCCCAUAUAAUUCCCUAGUCAUGCACCCCAUAUAGGCUUCCUAUAUGCACAUCGCCUGUGCCAUCCUGAGGGUCCCAUCCAUGAAGGGAAGAUGGAAAGCCUUUUCCACCUGUGGCUCCCACCUGGCUGUGGUUCUCCUCUUCUAUGGCACCAUCAUAUCUCUGUAUUUCAGCCCUUCAUCCUCCCACUCAGCUCAGAGAGAUAUAGCAGCUGCUGUGAUGUUCACAGUAGUGAGUCCCAUGCUGAACCCUUUUAUCUAUAGUUUGAGGAACAAGGACAUAAAAUGGGCUCUUGGCAAAGUGGUUGGCAGGAAGACAUGCUCUUACAGAUGGACGUCCUGUGGAAUUAUCUGUCAUUUCCAGGCAUAGCAGUCUUUGCCAACUCAUUGAAAUGUAGCAGUCUAUCUGUCAAAGUGUCUUCAAGGAACUUAGAAUAAAUACAUCCAAUAGAUACUUAUCAAUGAACUCUGACUUAACUACAACCCUGCUCUCUUAAGUAGGUAAUACAUUUGUUUCUAAUUAUGAUAUUUA